GUGUUUGGGUUCGUGCUCCUGGGGGGAGGGAGACGGCGGCGAGGAAAGUUUUUAUUUUUUAAUUUUAUUUUGUGUUCAGUUUUUGGGGUUCGCGCUCCCCGGCGGGUGAAGCGAGCGGGCGGGAGGAGCCGCCUCGGCGCUGAGAAGAAGGGGGCUACGCGCACCACGGCGGCGGCUCCUCGGCGGGUUUUGUUUUUGCACUGAAUGUAGCCAGGACGGACCCUUGUGGGCUUUAGCAGCCCGAGGACACUGUCAAAGGCACUAUUUUUGCAUUUCUGCAGUUUUGCACAGAUUCUGUUCCCAUGCAAACCGAUGAGGGAGAAAUACUGGAGGAAGGCAGUCCCAAGAUGGAACAUGAGGAUUUUGUAAUGGAAGGGCAUGGCAAGACUCCACCUCCUGGUGAAGAAAACAAACAAGAGAAGGAUCAAGAAAGGGAAGAACAGUUAAUGGAAGACAAGAAAAGGAAGAAAGAGGAUAAGAAAAAGAAGGAAUCUACUCAGAAGGUCACAGAUCAAAAAACCAAAGUGCCCGAAGUGACGAAACUAAGUUCAAGCCAGCCAGUGGCUGCCAGCCCAAUUGGCAGCUCUCCAUCGCCACCAGUCAAUGGUGGCAACAAUGCCAAAAGGGUGGCAGUGCCGAACGGACAACCGCCAAGCGCCGCCCGCUACAUGCCUCGGGAGGUGCCGCCGCGAUUCCGUUGCCAGCAGGACCACAAAGUGUUACUGAAACGUGGGCAGCCCCCUCCUCCAUCCUGUAUGCUACUUGGGGGUGGGGCAGGGCUUCCUCCCUCUUCAGCACCUGGAGCAAACCCAAACAACGCACAACCAGUGACAGGAGCAGUGCUGCAGAGCGACAGUGGGACUGCAACAGAUUCAACAAUUGGAGGUGCUGCUGCUUCAAAUUAUGCAAAUUCCACUUGGGGUUCUGGAGCCGCCUCCAACAACGGCACCAACGCCAAUCCAACUCACGUCUGGGACAAGGUGAUUGUAGACGGGUCUGACAUGGAAGAGUGGCCUUGUAUUGCCAGCAAAGACGCUGAGUCUUCUUCCGAAAAUACCACCGAUAACAACAGUGCCUCGAACCCUGGCUCAGAGAAGAGCACUCUGCCAGGAAGCACCACUAGUAACAAAGGAAAAGGAAGCCAGUGUCAGUCUGGAAGUGCUGGGAAGGAAUGUAAUCUUGGGGCCUGGAAAUCUGAUCCCAAAGCUAAAUCUGUUCAAUCUUCCAACCCUGCUGCGGAGAGUAACAAUGGACUAGGAAAUUGGAGGAACUUGAGUGGGCAGGACAGAAUAGGCCCUGGUUCUGGCUUCAGCAACUUUAACCCAAAAAGCAACCCAUCUGCCUGGCCAGCACUGGUUCAAGAGGGCAAUUCUAGGAAAGGGAUUUUGGAGUCUGAUAAUGGUAACGCCAAUGCACAGAUUAGCACAGUAGGUCAGACUUCUAGGGAACAGCAGUCAAAGAUGGAAAACGCGGGUGUUAACUUUGUUGUCUCUGGCAGAGAACAGGCUCAAAUACAUAACACUGAUGGACCAAAAAAUGGAAACACUAACUCCUUGAACUUAAGUUCGCCAAACCCUAUGGAGAAUAAGGGAAUGCCCUUUGAAAUGGGCUUGGGGAACCCCUCCAGAAGCACUGACGCCCCUUCACAAAGCACUGGAGAAAGAAAGACUGGGAGUGUUGGAUCUUGGGGUACAUCUAGGGGGCCUUCUGGAACUGACACAGCCGCUGGACAAAGCAAUUCUGGAAACCAUGGGAACAAUGGAAAGGAUAGAGAGGACUCCUGGAAAGGAGUUUCUGUUCAAAAACCUAAUGGGUCAAGAAAUGAUUCUUGGGAUAACAACAGGUCUAUGGGUGGUGGGUCUUGGAACUUUGGCCCUCAGCACUCAAAUGAAAACAAAUGGGGUGAAGGGAACAAAUUGACAUCUGGGGUCUCUCAGGGAGAAUGGAAACAGCCGUCUGGGUCUGAUGAACUGAAGAUUGGAGAAUGGAGUGGUCCAAACCAACCAAAUUCUAGCACUGGAGCAUGGGACAAUCAAAAGGGCCACCCCCUUCCUGAAAACCAAGGCAAUUCCCAGGCUCCCUGUUGGGGAAGAUCUUCCAGCUCUACAGGAAGUGAGGUUGGAGGUCAAAGCACUGGAAGUAACCACAAAGCAGGAAGUAGUGACAGUCACAAUUCUGGACGCCGAUCAUACAGGCCUACGCAUCCUGAUUGCCAGGCAGUCUUGCAGACUUUGCUGAGCAGGACUGAUUUGGACCCCCGUGUGCUUUCAAACACUGGCUGGGGCCAAACUCAAAUUAAGCAAGAUACAGUUUGGGAUAUUGAAGAGAUGCCAAGGCCCGAGGGGAAAUCUGAUAAAGGAACUGAGGGGUGGGAGAGCUCUGCCACACAGACAAAGAACUCAGGGGGCUGGGGAGAUGCACCCAGCCAAAGCAAUCAAAACAAGUCUGGAUGGGGUGAGCUUUCAACCCCCACAGAGUGGAAGGACCCCAAAAACACAGGAGGGUGGAAUGACUAUAAGAACAACAAUUCUUCUAGCUGGGGAGGAGUAAGACCAGAAGAAAAGCCUUCCUCUUGGAAUGACAAUUCCAACAAGGAUCAAGGGUGGGGUGGACGGCAACCUAAUCAAGGAUGGUCUUCGGGAAAGAACGGUUGGGGAGAGGAAGUUGACCAAACAAAAAACAGUAAUUGGGAAGGUGCAGGAAACAAACCAGUAUCGGGUUGGGGUGAAGGUGGGCAAAAUGAGAUUGGGACUUGGGGUAAUGGUGCAAAUGCAAAUGCCGCUUCAAAGGGCGGAUGGGAUGAUUGUAAAAGAACGCCAGCAUGGAAUGAGAAUAGUCGACAGACCAAUUCCUGGAAUAAGCAGCACCAGCAGCAGCAGGAGGCUUCUGGCUCCUGGGGUCCACCACCUCCAGGUAAUGGGCGACCUCCAAAUCCAAACUGGAGCAGUGGGCCACAGCCAGCUGCCCCCAAGGAUGAGGAACCCAGUGGCUGGGAAGAACCUUCUCCACAAUCAGUCAGUCGGAAAAUGGAUAUUGAUGAUGGCACUUCAGCAUGGGGAGACCCUAGCAGUUAUAACUACAAGAAUGUGAACCUGUGGGACAAGAACUCGCAAGGGGGACAGGCUCCACGAGAACAAAGCCUGCCUACUCCAAUGACUAGCAAAUCAACAGCAUCAGUCUGGAGCAAAAGCACACCACCUGCUCCAGAUAAUGGUACGUCUGCCUGGGGUGAGCCAAAUGAAACCAGUCCCGGGUGGGGUGAAGUAGAUGAUACAGGAGCAUCGACAACAGGCUGGGGGAAUGCACCCUCCAACGCCCCGAAUACCAUGAAACCUAGUUCCAAAUCUAUGCAAGAUGGCUGGGCAGAGAGUGAUGGGCCAGUAACAGGAACACGGCAUUCAAGCUGGGAAGAGGAGGAGGAAGGAGGAGUCUGGAACACAGCAGGCUCUCAAGGAAGCAGUUCCUCCCACAACUCAACAAGCUGGGGGCAAGGAGGAAAGAAACCACAAAUUAAGUGUUCAUUAAAAGGAGGAAAUAGUGAUUCAUGGAUGAACCCUUUAUCCAAACAGUUUUCAAACAUGGGAUUGCUAAGUCAAACUGAGGACACUCAAGGCAGUAAGAUGGACAUGUCUGUAGGUGGUCUCCCAGAUAAGAAAUUUGAGGUGGACAAACGAGCCAUGAACCUCGGGGAUUUUAAUGAUAUAAUGAGAAAGGAUCGAUCUGGGUUCCGUCCACCUAAUUCCAAAGACAUGGGAACCACAGAUAGUGGGCCUUAUUUUGAGAAGGCUGGCAAUCAUGGUUUAUUUGGAAACAGCACAGCGCAAUCGAGGGGCAUGCACACGCCAGUGCAGCCACUAAACCCUUCCCCCAAUAUCCGGGCACAAGUGCCUCCCCAGUUUCUUUCCCCUCAGGUUUCUGCCUCCGUGCUCAAGCAGUUUCCCAACGGUGGCUUGAACCCAGGUCUUUUCAAUAUAUCUCCUCAACAGAUUGCUAUGCUGAGUCAGCUUCCAAAUAUUCCUCAGUUUCAACUAGCAUGUCAGCUUCUUCUUCAGCAACAGCAGCAACAGCAGCAGCAACAACAGCUGUUACAGAACCAGAGAAAGAUUUCUCAAGCUGUGCGACAGCAGCAAGAGCAACAGCUUGCUCGUAUGGUGAGUGCCCUCCAGCAGCAGCAAAGGCAGCCUGGCAUGAAGCAUUCUCCAUCCCAUCCAGUUGGGCCUAAGUCACAUUUAGACAGCAUGGUACCCAAUGCUCUGAAUGUGGGUCUCUCAGAUAUACAGACCAAAGGGCAAAUACCCGGAUAUGGUUCUGGGUUUGGUUCAAGUGGCAUGGAUUAUGGCAUGGUGGGAGGGAAAGAAGCUGGAUCAGAAUCUCGUUUUAAACAGUGGACUUCUAUGAUGGAAGGGCUGCCCUCCAUAGCUUCACAAGAUGCCAGUGUGCACAAAAAUGGUGCAAUAGUGCCCCCUGGAAAAGCCCGUGGAGGAUCCCCCUACAACCAAUUUGACAUAAUCCCAGGCGACCCGCUGGGUGGCCAUUCAGGCCCUGCUGGCGAUAGCUGGUUACCUGCCAAAUCUCCACCAACGAACAAGAUCGGAAGCAAAUCCAGCAAUGCCAGCUGGCCUCCAGAGUUCCAGCCAGGAGUGCCAUGGAAAGGUAUUCAAAACAUUGACCCUGAAUCUGACCCGUAUGUGACCCCUGGAAGUGUGUUGGGGGGUACAGCCACCUCUCCCAUUGUUGAUACUGACCACCAACUUCUGCGGGACAACACCACAGGGUCUAAUUCUUCCCUCAACACCUCGCUGCCUUCACCUGGUGCCUGGCCCUACAGUGCCUCUGACAAUUCCUUCACCAAUGUUCAUAGCACUUCAGCAAAAUUCAGUGAUUACAAAUCAACAUGGUCGCCAGAUCCCAUAGGACACAAUCCCACUCAUCUCUCUAACAAGAUGUGGAAAAACCAUAUUUCCUCAAGGAACACUACAGGGCUGCCCCGCCCACCACCUGGCCUGACCAACCCAAAACCAUCAUCUCCCUGGAGCAGCACAGCACCCCGAUCGGUCAGGGGGUGGGGGGCACAGGACUCAAGGCUUGCCUCUGGUGAGAAGGAUCUCCUGAUAGCAUCAUUGCUCGGCCGUGAGGGGUGUGUGUUAUACAGCGCUAAUGGUGUGGAUAUGAUGCGGCCUUCACAAGAGAGGAAGUUGCGGUUGCCUGCCUCUACCUGGAGUGAUGGUGGCUCAGUUCGUCCUAGCUACUGGCUGGUUCUUCACAAUCUCACUCCACAGAUCGAUGGGUCAACCUUGAGGACGAUCUGCAUGCAGCAUGGCCCACUGCUGACAUUCCAUCUGAACCUGACCCAGGGCACCGCCCUAAUCCGAUACAACACCAAACAGGAGGCGGCCAAGGCCCAGACUGCACUGCACAUGUGUGUGUUGGGAAACACUACCAUCCUGGCUGAAUUUGCCACAGAUGAGGAGGUUAGUCGCUUUCUGGCACAAGCUCAGCCCCCGACACCUGCAGCAACCCCAAGUGCACCCGCAGCAGGCUGGCAAUCCCUGGAGACAGGACAGAACCAGCCAGAUGCAGUUGGACCUCCUUUGAAUCUUUUUGGUGGGUCAGCAGGGCUUGGGCAGUGGAGCAGCAGUGGUGGCAGCAGCAGUGGGGGCGAUCUCUCUGGCGCUUCAUUGUGGGGGCCUCCAAACUAUUCUUCAAGCUUGUGGGGGGUCCCAAGUGUAGAGGAUCCCCAUAGAAUGGGCAGUCCUGCUCCCUUACUACCUGGAGACCUUCUGGGAGGAGGGUCGGAUUCAAUCUGAACUUAGAACUUUCAACUCUGACCUCGUGACCUUUUUUGGAACAGCAGCAGCACUAACUUGACCUUUUCGUUUUUUUUCAACUUGCAAUAAAUACAUUUUUAAAAGGAAAAAAGAAAACGGAGAGAGAAAAAAGGUGGGUCAUUGACAGACUGUCUGAGCACAUAGUUGCCUCCCUUAUAUAACUUCAGUUUUUUCGUUUGGAAUAUGAAUCCAAAAAGAGAACAUAUCACUCUUGAAAUACUUGAAUCAUGAACGCCAACUUAGAAAGACAAUGUGAAGCAAGUACACAUACCAUUUAAAUUUAAACACAAAAAAUUAAAAAAAUUAGUUUCUAGUUUUUCACUUUUUCAUGUUAUACGGAAGUUGUUGCUAAGAAACAUAUAUACUGAAAAAUAGCUUUUUAACUUUGUUUGCACUGGGUGUGUUUCCGUCCUUAGGUCUACCAUGUUGGGUGGGGUUGGGGGUGGGGUUCAAAAGAAUUGCAGGGGUGGGGGAGGGGAAGACUUGACGGAGCCUCACUUUAAAAACAAAAAAAAAAUGGAAAAAAAAAAACCUCAAAAAAAUCCCAACACUUUGUGAUUGGCUGGUUGAGAAAUACCAGUGUGUUCUGGCACAUGUAACUGCCCAUGUGUGCUUGUUUCUGGUGAGCACGCAUUUUCUCCCUCUCUCUCUCGACUGUCUCAGAAUGCUGCAUUGCUGAUGGGUCUAUGGGCUGGCUGGCCAUCUGUGUGUCUUGAUUCUGAAAACAAGUAUAGAGGAGUCCCAGUGACUGAAACAAAAUUUUCUUGGGCUGGAUUUGUCAAAUCUUUUUGUUUUUUUUAAUUGAUUUUUGGAGGGUGCUAAUUCAAGUUUGCAGAUCAUAUUGAAUGUGGGUUGUUGCUUCCUAGCCCUUGUUCUGACCCUGUGGUAGAGCAAAACACUGCCAUGUCCGAAGGAUUUGGUGUGAAGGGAAGCCAGUGUUGUCUUUUGAGUAGCAGUGUAUUUAUUUAUUUAUGUCUGCAUGUGGGGUUUUGAUGAGUAAACCCUAGAAUGUUUGUUUUAUAAUGCAAGCCAUUCUUUUUUUCUUCUGUGGAGGGUAAAACAGAGGACAGAAGACAUCACGUUUAUAUGUGGCUAAGACCAAUGUUCUUAUCUAGUCCCUUGCAAUCUUCAGUAUCAUUGGAAAAUUAGUCUCUCAUCCCUCUCCCAAACUGUAUACAUGUACUCACGCCCAUUCAUGAAGUAUCCAUCAAAACCCUGAAAUUCCAGCCCAACCAACAUUAUUCUCUUAAUUGAUUUACUGCUUAUAUUAAAACUGACAAAACUAAGUUGUGUCAGCAGUUUGCUGGCCUGUCUGCCUCAUCUCCUGAAAGCAUAUGCAGCUAACUCCUUUCUGUAUCCCUCCUGAUGAGUGUUACCUGUGCCAGGCCUUGAUGUAUUACAGUACCAGGCCAUCACUGACAGAAACGUUUACUUAAGAAUGUUCUUAAACCAGUGUGUACUUCAGAUGUUUCCUUUUGUUUCUCUGUGUUGUGUUUUUUCCUGUGUACAUGGUUUUGCUUAGGCAGGUAUAUAACUAGCAAAGACUUUUUUUAAAGUAUUGCACCUUUUUUUGUUUUUACUUUUUCUGUACUGUUGCUUUUUAAUUUCUGUAUUUAACGAAAGAUUUGUUUGGGAUUUUUUGAGCAUCAGUGUAAUAGUACUCUGGGCAGGAUGGGGUGACCUUUAAUCCACAGUGCUAGUCAGUGUGUGCGUGUGUGUGCACGCUGGGAACAAAACUUACAACACUGCUUGUUGUGAAAAGAGCUGUAGCAGACCUGAAGGAACAUCCCUUUACACAAAGCAGGAGAUAUUUUGUGGGAUCAGGGAGAAGAGGGAAGAGAGAGGACGGUACUCUUCUGAGAAGUGCCACCACUAGUUGGGUGGUGUCAAGCUCUGUGUUAUACUGUUUAGCAUAAAGUGCUGACAUUCUGUACCAGCAAAUACCGACCCAUUCCAACCCUGAGUGGGAGUGUACCUCUGUUGUCCUUAUUAACUGUAGGAUGUGGGGAGGGGAGGGGAAUUUCUUUUCUUUAGCAUCUUCACUGAAGGUUACAAUAGUGUCUAAUGUAUUUAACUCUUUAAACAUUGAGGGGAAUGGAAAAGGCAAACUGAAAUUGUGUGUGUGUGUGAGAGAGAGAGAGGGGAGGGAAAGGUGGGGGAAUUCUGUGACUUUUUUUAAUUGCCAUAUCUGUGUAAACCCAGUGUGACAUUGAAGGCUGACUGAGGGGAAUGCUACGUCUACAUAUGCUUAUACAUUCAUAUGCAAAGUGUUAUGUGAUCCAAAGGGUGUGGGUGUAUAAACUGGAGUCUGCAACAUACUAUCUGGUCCUUUUUUGAAUAUUAUUUUUUGUUUGGUUGGUUUUUUUUUUGGUUUUUUUUUUACUGUGCCCUCUCUUCCAUCCCACCAUACACAUUGAAGCCAAUGUUUUUCUUCCAACUCCUACCAGUUAGGUUUGUUCCCUCCCUCCCCCCCCCGGCAGAGCUACAUUGUCUCUGGUAGCCUCAACAUGAAGAUCAGCCAUGCGCAGAGAUGCAGGAGAGAUAAAACCCCUGUGCCAGCAGUACUUUCCAAUGAAGCACCUAUGAUGGCCUGAAUAAGCCAGUAUCCAUUCUGUCAUGUGACUCGCCCAUCCUGGUUCACUGCUGUGUUCCCACCUCCUCACUUCUCUCUCCCAACCUGCCCUAAGGUCCCUUUACCUGCACUUUGGGUUAGAUGAGUUCAUUGCGAUACUACGGUGAAAGCCGGGUGCUAGAGCCCCUCUUGUUUACAAGACAUAAUGAGGGAUUUGAAAUAUUUAAAAAUGAAAAGCUAAAAUGUUCUUCCAUAGUAAGCUUAAAGAGGAAAAAAAAAUUUAAACUUAUACACACAAAAAAGACCAAAAAGUUCACGCAUUCAUGCAUGCAUAUAUAUUAGAUGAAGACUAACUCUGGGAGCAUUUAACAGUGUUUUUUGUUUUUGUUUUUGUUUUAACAUUUAUUUUCCUGCUUUAAAUUUGCAAGCUUUCUCAGGAAUUCUAGGGUAGGAAGCCAGUUUUUGAAGAUGGUUUAUUUAACCGUAUCUUAUCCUAAAUAGAUGGCUGUUUCUUUCCUGUUGAUAAACUUUUACAAGUUUCUGAAUCUUCAAAAACUUUGAAAGUUUUUACUUAAAAAAAAAUUAAAAAGCAGAAAAAUCUCCAAAUGUUACUGUCAUAACUGGGGAUCAAGCAUUUUAAAGACUGUAAAAAACAAUAAUUACAACAAAUUCAAUAAGCACAACAGAAAUUCCUUGUAUUCUUAGAAAACCAAGUUGUGGGAGAAGGGUUGUUCUUUGUAGAGUGCUGUUAGUCUCAUGUGGGUACAGUUGCAUGGGGUGGGAGAGAGAUGUGUGAAUGGAAGUAUAAUCACUUAGUUCUUUUUCAGUAAAAAUUAGACUGAACUAUCCCUCCAAGCACCUUUUAAAAAAAAAAAAAAAAAAAAAAAAGGCAACUGUAAACCUAACCCAAACCUAUGGAAUAUCUUAGCAAUGGAGCAGUUGUAUCUUGUCUCCUUUUUAAUACAGAAAAUGAUCAAGAGGGAGAGAAUUUGAAAAUCUCCUGUGAAAUGUACAUUAGAGAACAAAAGUCAUUAUUUUUAAGUUUCCAACUACCCCUUAGUCAAUGUUAAUCCCCAUUAUGAAGAUUUGCUGCUUGCUUUUCUUUGUCUCUCACCCAGAAAUGUACUUUAAUUUUAGUUUUUUUGAGGGGAAUAUUUAAGCUCUCCUGCUGAUCCCACAGGUGCCAGCUGUCAGGCCUCCCCGCCCUGAGAACAACUUUGCUGAUCUCAGUGUUGGGAUGAAUAACUCCUGUCUCCCACCAGAAAGGGAGAGGGGCCUAAUCUGCCUGAAGUUUUUAGGCUGAAACCACAAGCCACUUUAGUGCCUUUGUACAUAUACCCACACAUUCUGCAAAUGGAGGCAUAUGUAAUCCAGUCGCUCCAUGAAAAUGAAUGCACCUGCUCUUAGAAUAGAAAACGUGAUGAGGUGUGUUACGUAACAGAAGAAGUAAGAAUGCUUUUUAUGAUUUGAAAAAUCAAAUGCCAAGUUUCUCCUAUCACUUCAGUUGUUCUCUGUUUGUGUGUUGCAUUCUUCCUGCAAGUGUGUGCAUGCAAGUGGGUUAAAAACAAAAUGCCAAGUUAAUCUGGAAAAUCAUAGUGUGACUGGCCUGUAGAGAGAGAUUCUUUAGUUUCUUUUUCUUUUUUUAAAUUGAGGGGAAGAUAUUUAUCUGAAUGCUUUGCGAGAGGCUGUGCUUUAUCAAUUGGCAAUGUCCGAAGAACAGAAAAUGGUAGGACUUAGUGAAAAACAACUAAAGUCUUUGCUGCAGUCCCUUGGAAACAGCCAUAGCUGAUGACUACUAAGAGGUUAGAGCACUGAAUCUUUGGCUGUGUCAUUUCAUAAGGGCAUCCUUCCCCUCUCCAAAAACACCCCCAUGCCUGAACUCCAUAUAGGCUUUAUCUUUGGCACUUGUAUCUUGAGUCAUCAAUUUAUAAGUUGCUUGAGGGACUUUAAUACCUCCCAUUUUCCAGUCUGAAAAAAAUUAGUUGUCAAUUUUGGUCCUGUCCAAAUUUAUAGUUGAAACCAUGCAAGUAAUACUUGUCUAAACACUGUCACUAGCUUGGUUCUAUAAUGUUUUUUCUGACCAUUUUGAACAAUAGUUUUGGAGGACCAUGCUAGCCAGACAGCACUCUCCUAUAGGCCAAAUAUGGCUUGCCUUUCUCAAACAAGCAGUUCUAUUUGAUGUCAGUGCCUGAAAGAGGCAAGUAGAAUUUGGUACUGGGUAGAUCUGGCUUUUAGAUCACUGUUCUCGAGAAGGCAUUUGUGACUGUCCUGGUCAGGAAAAAUGUGCCAGUUGCUGCUAGCAUUGUUUCACAUGAACACCAUGAAAAGAAAACUAGGAAAAGUUUGUGAGAAGAAGUGGAAAGGGCACAUCUUGGAAUAGAUUAUGAAUCUCUACUGCCAGUUGAGGUCAAAUGUCAAGUCCUUCCUGUUAGUCUCAAAAACAACAUCUUCAGUUUCCCAAGAUGUUAAUGAAGAAACAAAGAAUGCACCUUGUAGCAGUUCUGUUCUUGAUUCUUGCUUCUCAUGGCCAUAUAAUCUAAACACAUACAUGUCUCAAUUAUUAUUCCUUUCUUCCUGAUUUCCUGUCUCCUCUGUUUUAAUCCUCCACUGUUUUAAUUUUUCUAAUUACAUUUUAGCAAUUUUUCCUUUUAUGUUCUAUUUUCUAUAAAUUCUGCUCCAGUACCAGCUGCUUCCCUGCUUCCCCUGAAUGUUGCCUGAAUUGUCUGUAGGCUUAUUCUCUGAAUUAGAUGGGUUUGAUCUCUUCUCCCUUCUGCCAUAGUAACUUUUAUGAAAGUGAUAGUGAAGAUUUCUAGUAUGCAAAAUGAGAAACACGAGCAAAGUAGGAAGUCUUAAAAUAUGACACCAUUUCUAGUGGAAAGCAGAUUUAAUUUCUUGAACUGGGUGCCCUUUGGGAAGACUUUUAGUCUUUUCCAAUAUGCCUGUCCUUUUCUGGACACUUUUCCAUCAAUGCUGAGGACCUCUACAAUCAGAUGGUGUGAACUUUUUCUUAGACUUUGGUUUUCUGAUGUCCAGCUUAAACAGACCGAAGAAUUUAUGUAUUGAACAGAGACCUUAAGCCAAACACGUUUUACUCUGAAGUAUAAACAGGAUGUUUUCAGUAGACUCCAAUAUUAGAGAACAAUUCAGCCUUUGUAUUAAGUUGACCUCUCUUUUUUAAAAAAAAAUUCAUCUUGAAGCUUUCAAAAAUUAGUACAUUAGAAAUCUUGGUCUUUCUACUUAACACUGUUUUUCAUUGCAGGGAUUUGAACUGGCAAAGGUGACGUGUAAUAAUUUGUAAAAGCCAACGUUCUCCUCAGUGUACGCUCUCCUUCCUUAUCAAAUGCUACCACACCUCCUCUGUUCAUGCCUUGAUUGUAGAAUAAUCUUCUGUUUCAUCCCUCAGCUGCCUUUCCCUCUUGCUGGGUCUGACUUUGCUCUUGCAUGUGGCUCUCCCAUUGACUUAAAUGGGGGCCCAGUAUGUGCAUCUGAGAUCCAGAUUGGGCCCUCUGGGUCAGAUCCAGGAAACACUUAUAGCGGUAAUCCUUACUCCUUCAAGUUAGUGCCACUGACUUGAAUGAGUAAGUGCUACUCACAGGAGUAAGGGCUAUUUGUCUAAGUAAGAGGUUGCAGGAUCAGGAUUUAAGAUUGUAGCUGUGGAGCUAUAGUGCUACCAAUACAACCAGGAACACCUGCCUGUCCAUGCAUAUUAAAUUCACUGCAAACCAUGUGACUUCAGAAUCCAGGACUUCUCCAGUAUUCUGAGAUGCUCGUAUAGUACUUUGCAGGUAGUAGCUCAGGAUAUGAAGUCCUGAUUGACUGGAGUGGAAGUUAAUUUUUUUAUCUGCCCUGGGAAAAAUUCCAUUAUCGCAAGGAUGGAUGUCUCCUUAACUGUAAAUAUGCAAAAUAAUAAUCCAGAAAAUACUCCCAAAAAUACAAAGUUGAAAUGAUGUAUAAGAAACUAAAAACUGUUGUCAGGAGAGUGUAAUUUUAUUAAGACCGAGUUUUGUCUUGUAGCUGAAACAACAUAUGCAGAACCUGUAGCCUUUUCUACACUAAUUUUUCAAAAAAAGAAAAAUCCAACUGGUAGUGUUAGUGACAUUAGGAGUCCAACAUAGAGGGGCCACCAGUUGCCUCUGGCGUUUUAAGCAUAUGUUGACUAUACCUACUCUGAACAGACUAUAGAUGACGUGAUGCUUACAAUACCAGAAGUCCACCAACACUAAGGCUUCUUGUGUGGCUGAAUAAGUGUUGUUAAUAAUGGGAAACUUGUGCAAAAUUUUCUGCAAAAUUAGCUUAAAUCUUUGUAGCUAAAUAGAGUUUGCAGCUAGGACUGUACCCUACCUACGGACUAACCUUUUAAGCACUGUUCUAAUACAUUUUGUCUCCUCUACAGACGUUUUUCAGAAAUAUCUCACCAUUGCAAAUACCAGCACAAAUGAACUUGUAUUACCAACAGUGGAGACAUUUUGGCAAAAUUUCCCUGAAAUCAAUAAGGCCAUACAGUUUAGUCCUUUUUACACUGACUGGCCAGGCUGUAUUAGAACCCUGUUUGUCCACAAUAAAGUCCACAAUGCUGCUAUUAAAACUGAGUCAGUGGACUUCGUUACAGCAGUUUGGUUUGUGCUGUAGAUUGGACUUCAGCCAUGUUCUGUGGCUGGCUAAAACCUUAGAUGUGCUUUAGCUCCAUUAUGGAAAAUGGUUAAGAUCCCAUCUGUGCCACCGAAAAUGUUCUCAUGGUCUCCAGACUUGUAGGGUUCUAAGCCUGUUUUUUAAACUGUUGUCAGGCCAAUGUAGAUGUAACGUAAUAAGUGGCAUGCAACAAAGCAACAUUCACAUGCUGCAAGAGUUUGUGUGUGUAUUGCUUUUUAUAAAGGUAUGCAGGAAAGUAUCUGAAAAUCUCCCAGAACCUUGGGUUGUGAAAAGAGCAUCUUGCAAACUAAGUGUCCUGAGCAAAGAGCCAUUUCCCGCUGUGCAUGUGGCAGUCAGUAAUGGGGACAUCCAGCAGUGUUAAAACCAGGUGGAAUUUUAAUUUUUUUCUCUUAGCCAGAGAGCUGGAAUAAUUUUGACUUGACCCUGGGAACCAUUCCUAUAAACACAAAACAGUGCACUCCAGAUAAAAUGGUAGAAAGUAUGUGCCAGACAGUCACUGAAUAUUCUUUGUGGCACAGUCUCUUGGCUGUUUGGUGGGCAGAGGGAGAAGAGGGGACAUGGGAAGAGUUUGCAUGGACAAACAAGAGAUAGGCAGUGUUUAGCAAGAAGUGUUUCUUUUUAAGCACUAAAUGCCUCAUCUUAGGUAAAGUACAAAUCAAUGCAUUCAAAUAACAAAAUUCGUCAUUUUUUUAAUUGUUUUUAACCAUGACAAAUAAAUGGAAGUUUCUCUCGUGUUUUAGAUGAAACACCCUUAGGUGAACAUGGUUCCUUCUUAAUACUAAUCUUGAGCAGCAAGAGCAGGUUGCACAGCUUGCUGGAAAUAGAUAUUUUAGUGACAUGGUUAUGAUAUUAAGUGCUUUUCUUCCCCUUCCCUACCCCUUCCAGAAUCCGCUCACCCUCCUUAUAUAAGGUGCUGAAUGUUUUGUAUGUUUAGUGGGAGGUGCAGGAGGAGCAGAAGACUGAAAAGGGAGCCAAGAUAGAACAGCCUUACUUUAGGGGGUAGCCUUACAACAGAGCUUUAUAUGGGGGGUGUGCUGUAUUCCAAAACAUGUAAGCCAAAAAUGGAAAAAAGCGUUCAUUUAUGCAACAACAACAAAAAGGAGUGUUGGAAAACUUCUUCAAGAAAUAUAUACCUUCUGAAGGUAGAGUGGUAUCUCACCAAGUGAUGCGUUUAUGAUGCUUCUUCCUGGGUCAGUAGGGAUGGAUUGGGGUAUAAGCGCUUAACAUUUUCCCCUCUUUGUUGUUUUUACAAGCAGUAACUUAAAUGUGGUAUUUAUGAAUGUGCCUUUGUGAGUACAGCAACUGUCUAAGGAGACUACUUGGGCUGGAGUAGGGAGACAGUGGUCAAUUCAUUCUUUCAAGACAUCAGAUAUAAAGAUGCCAGCCCACUGAUCCCUUUCAACAAGUAGCAUCUUUGGGCUGUUCUCUACACUGCACAGUAAUCAUAAGUGGCGUAGAGGUUUGGGGUGUGGGAAGGGACAUGACAUGAUGCACAGAAGCUGAUGAUAGUUUUAGGCUAGUCCGCAGUUGCAGGUUGAAUUUAUAUUUGUAUUAUGUAGCUUCUCUUUUGUGUGUGUGUGUGUGGCUUGCUUUAAUUUUUUGUAAGCACUGGAGAAUUGAAACACAGUGAUGUUUGAGACACAUUUAUGCAUGUAGAGAAGAAGGUGUUUUGAAGCUUCUGCCAUUUGUGGGUAUAGGCACACUUUUACCCUUUCUUUCCAUGUCCUAAUGAGAGAAACAGGAAAAUUAUAUUUUUUUCAACCCUUCAACUUCCAGCACAUUGAACGUUGCCAUUUAAAUUAACAGGGUAUUACAAGAAUAAAAAAAUGUUUUUGAAAUGGUGAGGUAGAAGUGUUUAAAAAAGAAAAGAAAAAAGUCUGAAGUAAUUUUUUGUUUCUUCGAAGCUGUUUGUAGCUAAACAUGGGAAUCUGCAGUGUCUCCUUCCAUUUGUUUUUCCCUAUUAUUGCACCUCUUCACCCCAAAUCUGAGGUGUGCAAGAGCUGUUGCAUUAGCCCCUUUCAGUCCUCACCCCAAAAAGAAACUCCUAAUGGGACCCUUCAGUUCCAUUCAGGAAGACAAAGGGAGGAGAGACUCUGCAGCUUUCUUUGCUUCGCUCUCAUUCCUCUCUAAUGGCCUUGAAAUGUAUUAUUAUGCAAAUGUGAAUUUUGAUACUGAACUUAAGAAGAGGUGUUUUUUUUUUUUUUUU